AUGCCGACCCCAGGGUCCCUCCCAGGGGCAUCGGCGUAUACAGGUGCCCUCCCAAGGACAGCGGCACUCCUAGAGGCCUUCCCAGGGUCGGUGGCACCCCUAGGAUCCCUGCCAGGGACGGAGGUGCUCCCAGAGGCCCUGUCAGGAGCGGUGGCGCCGCCAGGGGACGUCCAAGAGACCGGGAGCUCCAAGUGGCCCUCCCACAGACAGCGGUGCCCCAAGGGGCUCUCCCAGGGACCGACGCGCCCUGGGACCCUCUCAGGGGCGGUGGUACCCCAAGGAGCGCUGCCAGAGCCAAGGACACCGCCAGGGGCCCUGCCAGGGGCCCUGCCAGGUGCCUCGAUGCCCCCAGGAGCCAUUCCAAGAAAAACGGCGCCCCAAGGGGCCCUUCCGGAGACCUCAGCCCACCAAGGGGCACUCCCAGUGACAGCAGCAGCCCCAGGGGCCAUCUCAGAGUCAGUGGUGACCCCAGGGGUCCUCCUUGGGCGGUGA